CGGCAUGCCUGAUAAAAGCGGUGAGUCAGCUGACGCCCCGCAUUGCGGAGAAAGGAGACGCGGAGCCAUGUCCUUGCUCUUGCUUCUGUGUAGCCUCUUGGGCUUGGCCCUAGGUAGCCCCAUCUUGGGCCUGAAGGAUUGUUCUCGAGGCUCAGCUGUGUGGUGCCAGAACAUCAAGACAGCCUCCGAGUGUGGGGCAGUGCAGCACUGUGUGCAGACUGUCUGGAACAAGCCCACUGCAAAAUCACUUCCCUGCACCCUGUGUAGAGAUGUCAUUGUCGCCUUGGACGACGCUGUGUUAGACAACAGCACUGAGGAAACAGCCCUUGAGUACAUGGAGCGCGCCUGUGACUGGAUGCCAAGGUCAGAGUCUGAAAACUGCAAGGAGAUGAUUGACAACUACUUCCCUCUCCUAUUGAACAUGCUCAAAGACACUCUGGACAACCCUACCACCGUGUGCUCGGCAGUUAAUCUCUGUCAGUCUGAACAGAAGCACCUGGCAGAGCUGAACCACAAGAAACAGCUGGAGUCCAACACGAUCCCUGAGCUGGACCUGUCCGAGGUGGUAGCGCCCUUCAUGGCCAACAUCCCUCUCCUGCUGUACCCCCAGAACAGCCCCCGCAGCAAUCCUCAGCAUAAGGUUAGGUGGGGAGGCUGGGCAGAGGGAGACGUGUGCCAGGACUGUGUCCAGAUGAUAACCGAUAUCCAGAGCGCUAUCAGGGACAACUCGACCUUCGUUGAGACCUUUCUGGACCACGUCAAGGCACAGUGUGACCACCUGGGGCCUGGCAUGGCUGAUAUGUGUAAGAACUACAUCAGCCAGUACUCCGAGGUGGCUGUCCAGAUGAUGAUGCACAUGCAACCCAAGGAGAUCUGCACAGAAGUUGGGUUCUGUGACGGGCCACAGAAGGUGCCCAUGCAGAAGCUGGUUCCUGCCAAAGCUGUCUCUAAGGACGUCAUUCCUGCCCUGGAGCUGGUGAAGCCCAUUAAGAAGGACCUUGUCCAAGUGAAGGACGGUGUUUUAUGUGACAUGUGUGAGCAGGUGGUGAAGGAGCUGGUCAGCUGGAUUGACAGCAACCAGACGGAGGAAGAAAUCAUCGGCAUGUUUGAUAAGAUAUGCUCAAAGCUGCCGGCGUCCAUGGCCCAAGAGUGCCAGGAGGUGGUGGACACAUACGGCAGGAGCCUACUGACCAUGCUGUUGCAGGACGUGAGCCCCGAGUUGGUGUGCUCCAUGGUUGGCCUCUGCCCCACCAAAGGCGUGCCUGCACUCACUGUGCAUGUGGUUCCGGCCAAGAAGACUCAGAAGAAGGAUGACGGCUUCUGCGAAGUGUGCAAGAAGCUGGUCGGCUAUCUGGAAGAGAAUCUGGAGAAGAACAGCACUGAGGAAAGGAUCCGGGGUGCUCUGGAGAAAGGCUGCCACUUCCUGCCCGACCCCUACAAGGAUGAGUGCAAUUCCUUCGUAACCCAGUAUGAGCCGUUGCUGAUGCAGAUCCUGGUGGAGAUGAUGGACCCACCUUUCGUGUGCCAGAAGGUUGGUGCCUGCCCUGCGGCGCAGAUGCCACUUCUGGGCACUGAGAAGUGUGUCUGGGGCCCCAGCUUCUGGUGCCAGAACAUGGAGUCGGCAGCUCUGUGCAAUGCUGUGGAGCACUGCAAGCGCCAUGUGUGGAACUAGGCCUCUUGACCCCAGAAGCAGUGCCAGCUCCUCCUACUUGCAUCUCUGAUACAGCUGCCCAGAUUUGUGGAUGGAGAUACCAGAACCAGGACUGUCUUCCCCUCUGUUUCACCCCUUUCUCUAGCACCGCUGGGGCAGAGGCGCCUCCGUGCCCCUCCCUUACCCUCUGCUCGACGUGAUGUCUUGGACUUGAAAUGCCCCCUGCCUAUGAGGAGUAGAGAUGGCCCUAGGGAGGGCUGUGUGGUGGGCAGUGGGUACCUCAUGAUGACACCAGGCUCCUGCUUUCUCCAAGGGCCUGCAGUUCCCCUGGCCUGUUGGCCAUCACAUACCAGGAUCUGAUAUGAAUGGACUAGAAGUUUCCAGUGUGGUCCUUGGUGUCAGGGAGGUACCCAGGGGGGACUAGGUUCCUGGGCCAGUCUGCCUGCUCCCCAGUUUUCUCCCAGUGACACUGUUUGGGGGUUCUGUAGGAGUGUGUUGGGAAAAGGCUAGAUGCGACCUGCUCCUAUGGCCCCGGCAUGCAUGGACAGUGGUGACCUCCGGCCCCUGCCCUCCCAGAUGCUGUUUUGACCCCACCUUCUCGGGGCUGCUGGCCACUGUUAAGCCCCCUUCUGCUCUACCCCUUUCCCUCCUUGGCACCAGGAGCCAGUGAGCAGAGCUGGCCAGAUGGGCAGUUGCUAAUUACCAGCCUUACCAGUUUGUUUCACUAGUGUCUGAUUUAACAAUAAAGUUCUGUCAGCCAGACCGAAUACAA